AUGAAAACUAUUCUCCUUUUCCUCUGUAUCAUCCUUUAAACACUUUGUUAAGAUUAUUACUAAUUACUUGGAGUACAGCGUAGUGCAUCAGAUGAUUAAAUCAAAAAAGCAUUCAAAAAACUUUCUCUCAAAUAUCAUCCUGAUAAAGCUAAAGGGAAUAAAGAAGAAGUAAAUAUAAUCUCUCUAUUUUAGUCUGAAAAACAAUUCUAAAAGAUUGUCAAUGCAUAUGAAAUACUUAAAGAUCCAGAAUAGAGAAAAAUAUAUGACAAAUAUGGAGAAGAGGGAUUGAAAGAGCAUACUUAAAGAUAAUAAUAAUAAUGUAUAUAUUUAUAAAUAAGAUUUAAGAGCAAGGACAUUUUAAUUAUAAUGACAUUUUCUCUAGAUUUUUUGGAGGAGGAGGCUUUUAAUAAUAAAAACCAAAUCUUGAAUAGUCUUUAUUUUCUAAAAGUGAUGUUUAUGAAAUUGAUAUGACUACUAUUAAUAGAUUUUUUAGAAGAGAUCAUGUUUGGCUAAUUUUCUUUUAUAAAAAUGAUGAUUAUGGUAGAUAACAUAAAAAUAUUUGGAAUGAAUUAGCAUCAAAAUAUUAUGGUAUAUUUUAAGUAGCUGCCAUAAAUUGUGCUGCUGAAAAUGAAAUUUGUGAUGAUGAAUUCUAAGUCUAUGAAUUUCCUAAAGUAUAUGCUUAUCCUGCAAAUAUCAGAUAAGAACCAAUUGAAUAUAAAUAAAGUAUGGAAAUAGACCAACUAGCCAAAUUUGCUAUCUAGUUUAUGGAAAGUUUUGUAAGUAUAGUUACUAAUGAAAACUAUGAAAAAUUCAUUUAACAAGAAGAAUAACAUAUAGUCUUGUUAUUCACUAAUAAAACCUCAACACCACCUCUUCUUAAAGUCCUAUCUAAAGAAUUAAAAGGAAAACUAGUUUUUGGAUAAGUCAGAUAUUCAGAUACUAAAUUGAUUGAACAAUUUUAAAUCAAAAAAUUCCCUACUCUUAUGGUAGUUACUGACCCUGAAUAAUAUAGAGGAGUUAUCUAUGAAUAAAAUGAUUUUAAAAAGGAAUAAAUUAUGAAAUUCUUAAGAGAAUAUGCAUAUAUUAGCAAAAAAGUAAAGAAAACUCAUCAAGUACCUAGAGAAUUGUCAACUUAAUUAAUUAAAAAUGGAGCAUGUACAACAAAAGAUACUAAAAUGUGUUUUAUUAUUAUUACAUAAGAUAAUAAUUAUUUAGAUUUAUUAAAUCCCUUGUCUUAACAUUAUAUGAAAGAUAAAAUAGAUUUUUAUUACAUCAAUAAGAAGUAAUAUUAUCAUUUUAUAUUACUAGUAACUUAAUAUAUUCAGAACUCUUUGAUGAUAUAAGUAGUUUUCCAACAGCAGUAGUAAUUAAACCUAAAAAAGAAAGAUAUGCUAAACUCUAAGGAGAAUUGACACUUUCAAAUAUAUAAGAUUUUCUUGAUUCUAUAAUUAGUGGAAAUGUGUAAUUCAAGCCUAUGAAUGAUAGUCUUGAUCUUAAUAUUUUUAAAGAGGAUUUGUGA